CAUGUUCCUUUCAAACCAACAACGUAACUGUUGACUGUUGUUCUGGAAACAAUUUUAUUCCAUAAAUACUCUUUCCAAUUUCUGCCAUUGCCGGCAGAUAGAGCAAAGGGUAAAAACGUAAUAUCAUCUCAGCACAGAGUCUUUAUAACUUGAAAUGCAAAAACUGCCUCUCGCCGACCCUAUCUACUGGCAGAGGAAAAGAAUCCUAUAACCCGGAAAAUACUCACAUUUACGCCCACAGAUGCAUUCUUGAGCUAUCGGGCGCCAUGUUUGGAGAUGUAACGGGAGGCGUAAACUUUGGUGUCACAUCUACUGGCGCCGCGCCUCCGGGGACGUCUGCAAAGGCGGCCCAGGCACAGGUGCGGAGAGGCGGAGGGGAUGGAGCGGAGGCGCAGUACGUGUCGGCCAAGACGUCUGUGUGGUGGGACAUAGAAAACUGCCAGGUGCCUAAGGGCUGCGAUCCCCACGCUAUUGCCCAGAAUAUAAGCUCUGCUCUUGUCAACAUGAAUUACUGUGGGCCUGUCUCCAUCUCCGCCUACGGCGACACUAAUCGAAUUCCGCAGUCUGUUCAACACGCUCUCUCCAGCACCGGCAUCGCCCUCAACCACGUCCCUGCCGGUGUGAAAGAUGCGAGUGACAAGAAAAUUCUAGUUGAUAUGCUUUUCUGGGCAGUAGACAACCCUGCCCCUGCAAAUUACUUGCUUAUUUCUGGUGAUCGGGAUUUUUCUAAUUGUCUACAUCAACUACGCAUGAGGAGAUAUAAUAUACUUUUGGCACAGCCGCAACAAGCAUCUGCACCUCUUACUGCUGCAGCAAAAACUGUGUGGCUAUGGACGAGCCUUGCAGCUGGAGGACCCCCAGUUACUAGUGGGGAAUCAUCACAACUAGCUAAUGUAAGCAGUAAAUGCGUUGCUAUAACGUCUCAAAGCAGAUAUCCGGAACCCAUUCAACUUAGCUCUGAAAGCCUUUCUUUGGGAACUCCAAAUUCAAAUGCUAAUAUAAGGGUUGGGGACACUAUUUCUAAAGGGAAAUAUUUUCAUAAUGCCUUGAAUCAGCCUGCCAUAUCAAGAACCUUGAGUUCUGGUGUAAUUCAAGAAACUAAGAGCAACAGUUAUACUUAUCAGCCAGAGUUCACGCAAACAAAGCAGUUUAAGAAAGCUCCACAUGAAUUCUUCAGAGGCGGUGGGUCUGUUGUCACUGCAACUAUGUCUGCACCCAAUUUCUUUCCUGGUAAUUCUGAUCCUGCAGGAAAUAAUGGCAGUAGUACCAUUUCUGGUGGUCAGAAUCCCUAUUCUCAAUUUGUGAGGCCAAAUAAUUCUAUGCAAAUACAUGCUUCUCCACAUGGUAAUUUUUCCAUGAAUCCCAAACCUGAUGGUAUUAGACCUGUGGCAUCAUUUACAAAUACGCCUGAUAUUGGUAAACUAGGUAUAUCUGAACGUCAAGUUGCUCCUAAUUUCCAUCUUCAAGCUGUAGAAGAGUUAAAAAAGGGCUCGCUUGAGUCUCAUAAUUUUGGUACCCUAAAUGCACCCAAUAAAGGCCAUCCAACGCACAACAAUCAAAUGAACAAAUGGCAUCCUCGAGGUCCAGGAUUUCCACUUCUUCCAUCCUCUCCUGUGGUCGGCAACACUACCUUCAGUACUGAUAUCUGGGGAGCUCAAGGAAGGCCAUCACCUUCAGAUUAUGUGCAAGGUCUUAUUGGUAUUAUCUUACUGGCUUUAGACACCCUGAAAGCAGAAAAAGUUAUGCCUACUGAAGCAAACAUAACAGAUUGCAUUCGAUUUGGAGAACUGAAGCACCAGAAUACUGAUGUACGAAAAGCAUUGGAUAGUGCAAUUGAGCAAAAUAUGGUAGUUGAACAAAGGUUAGGCACGUUACAGCUGUAUGUUGGUAAAAAUGAAAGACUCUGGAAGUGUGUGAACACUACAGGUGGUAAUCCCAACCAGUACCCAAAGGGAACAUGGGAUAAAAUACAGAAGUUCCUGACCUCCUCUGCAGGGCGAUCAGCCAUAUUGGCUUCUCAUUGCAGAUAUGAAGCAGCGUUGAUACUGAAAAAGGCAUGCUUAGAAGAGUAUGCUUUGGGUGAUGUACUCCAGAUCUUGAAUAUGUUAAGUUCCCCCAAAAAAUGGAUUAUGCAUCAUCCAUCAGGAUGGCAACCAAUUGCCAUUACCCUUAAAGAUUAAAACAGAGAGAUACUAGUGUAGUAGGUUGAUCUGUCAAGAUCAACAUUUAGUUUUGGAGAAGUGGUCCUACUAAUUGGCGGUCACAAAUUCUAAGUACACAAUAUAUUUUAUUUGAGUGUCGGUUGCAGUUGAGCUAAGUUCUGGAGAUGUGGAGGCCAGUUGAAAGAACUGCUUUGGUUGACAUACAAAAAAAAAUAAUAAUAAUAAAAAGAAAAAGAAAAAUUGCAGGUGGGAACUCUUAGAUGAUGAUGAGCUCUAGUGGGUAUAUAAAGGGAGAAGGUUAGCUUAUGGUAUGGUGCAUGCUAUGGACAGAGAGAAUUCUCAGAGGUUGCAGAAUCGCCAUUAUGAGUUUGCUUCUGUGCCAGGGGCGAAUGUUAAAGGGGUGGUUUUUAUACCUGAAUUUUCAUGGCUUUUGUUUAUUACAGGCCAUCUACUAGAUAAGAUGGUCCUCGGUGAAUAUCACAAAAAGGUUGGGCGACGGCCAUUACUUCUAAAGUACAAUGGAUUCCGGACUGGCACUGAUGAGGGAGCAAGUGUUUGGAUUUCUGUAAAUCAAUAAUGAAUCUGCAACAAGUCGCAAGUUUGGUGUAGGUUUUAGUACUUUCCAAGUAGGGCAGCACUGUGAUGCUGUGCUUUUCACGUGAAAUGGCCUGUUGAAGAGCACUUACUAGAGUAAGUCUGAAGCGCUGAUCACAUUCCUGGUAACUCUUCUGGGCCAAUUCUUCAAAAAAAAGGGGAUGUUACUGACGUGCUCUAUGCAAAAGAAAGAAAAAUAAAUAAAUAGAAAAGGAAGACCAAUUAAACGGAGUAAAAAAAAUAUGAAAUGGCGGUAGCCUGCAAAUGGUAAGCAAGUAUUGAUACUAGGUUCACAUGGAAACCUUUUACUGUAGGUAGCUCUUUUGAGCAGCGGUUACAAAUAUCUACUAUAAUGAGAGAAUUGUUACUACAAACCAUUUCGCAGUUGUUUUUAUUUUAUCAAAUCCUGUGGGAUCUCAUAAACUUUAUUAAAAGAAUGAGUUGCAAUGUUUUUCUUUUUGGCA